AUGCCGUUGCCCGACAUGUCCGACCCAGAGGUCACCAUUCAGGACAAGCGGAUAUUUUUCAAGGGCGUCAGCCGUGGUGACGAUUACGAGAUCGACAUCGACCUGCUCCGAGGAAUCAAUACGACAGACAGCAAGUACACGGUUGACCAAUGGAAGAUCACUUUUGAUCUCAAGAAGGUGCGCAGAGAGCCUUGCUGGAAUCGGCUCACCAGGAGCAAGAAGAAACACGCAUGGCUGAAGAAGGAUCAGGACAGGUGGUACAUAUCGGAUUGUCAACAUGCGAAGGAACUCUGGAGGGAGGCAUAUUUCAGGAAGAAAUUGGGAAGCGAGUUGCCUGGCGGGGAAGACGCGGAGGAAGACGACAUGGUCGACAAUGCGGUCAAAGAGUUAAAGGAAAAGCAGAAGCAAGUCAAAGAAGAGAAGUCCGGAGGAGGGUUGGAUUCGAUGGUUGAUGACCAGAAAAAGAAGGAGAUGGAGGAGUGGACCAACACGCUGGAGAAGUUUCGAAGCCGAGCGGUGCCCAUCACUUCGAAGCCGAAGCGCAAGGGCAGAAGAAAGCGGACGGAUGAGCUCUGA